CUGUCGAUUUUAAUAUACGCAGUGGAGUCUGGUGUGUUGGCUAGAUGCAAGUACUCUAACACUGCCACUAACAUCGGCGGCACGGAGUACAUACAAAAACCUAUUCCUGGACCGUUCUUGCCGCAACGGGAUAUCGCUCGUGUAAAAUCAAUAAUCCAGACCUCUGAGAUCAGUAAGAUCCGCCACGGAAGGAUUGUGAAACACAGAUAGCGCGAUUCGAUAGGACCCCGAUCAACGGGAGCCUAGGGAAACCAAGAGAUCCCAAGCCCAUGUACUGGAUUGUACUCUAUUGUAUGUACAACUCGAUUGUUCAGCCCCAGAUGUACUCCAACAGCUGCCCCCAACAGUCAAACAACUAACAAGAGACCCCGUAUAUAUUCGAGGAGGAAUGGAUUGACAGUCAGCUGACUUCCAUACACGUACGUCGCACCUAUGUCGCGGCUGUGUUGAGGUUGAUCGAGUCGUUGUUGGUUUUUGCACGUAUUGACUGUUCGUGUAGAGUGCUGGCGCCAUAACUGCAACCCGAGCGGACUCACCGGAUAUCAAUCGUUGUUGCCAAGCAGAGCGAGGAGGACUACUGCUAGAGCCCGAGCCGAGAUCUGGGGACUAGGUCAAUCAAUCAAUCAAUCAUGGAUCUCUACCGGACCACUUUCGCGGUCUUGGUGGUAGGCAGCGUGGGCCUGGCGUACUCGCAAUAUCGACGUGACAAAGAGGCGUUAAAGGAUGCCAAGGCUGGGUCUGUCGAGCUCAACAAUGCCGCAACAGCGUUCAAAUGGAAAUUCAUCCCAGUCUAUUUGCUUGUAAUGGGCUCGGACUGGCUUCAGGGACCGUAUGUCUACACGCUCUAUAAAGAUGAGUAUGGACUCGCAGAGCCGACAGUUGCUAUGCUAUUUGCUGCCGGAUUUGUUGCUGCAGCUGUUAGUGCGACAUUUGUUGGGUCUCUCGCCGAUAGGUAUGGCAGGCGUAUGGCAUGUAUGGCAUUUUGCGUCACAUAUGCACUUUCCUGCUUGACGAAGCUCUCGAGCGAGAUUGUCACGUUACUCAUCGGGAGGUUGCUCGGCGGUGUUGCAACGACCCUGAUGUAUAGCGUCUUUGAGUCUUGGAUGGUCACGGAGUAUUUUGCUCGAAGCUUGGAUAGGAGCAACAUGACUUUGGAUAGCAUGUUUGGCCUUAUGACGACGCUGAAUGGCGUAGUUGCAAUUCUGUCCGGUGUUGUGGGAGAGAGUGUUGUCGCUAUGACGGGCACCAAGACGAGCCCAUUCAUGGCUGCCAUUGUGCUCUUGAUGACUGCAAUGGUAAUAAUAAAAAGGGGAUGGAAUGAGAACUACGGAGACAGGACAGAGGAGUCAAAGGGCACUUCUGAUGAGUCUAGUUUAAGAGCUAUACUCAAAGAUAAACGAAUCCUCAUAUUGGGCUUCGUAUGUUGCGUCUUCGAGGGCUCCAUGUACCUCUUCGUCUUUUUCUGGUCUGCUGCGCUCAAAUCAGCCCACGCCUACUCUAACCCAUCCACAAAAGAGCAAUCUGCGAUCCCAUUCGGGCUCAUCUUUGCCACCUUUAUGGCUUCUAUGAUGCUUGGCUCUAUUGCCUUCAGCCGUGGAUCCUCCGAAGCGGCUGCCAGCAAGUCUAUUGCCAUGCUAGGGCCUGCUCAUUUCCUCACAGUUGCCAUUGCUGUCUCAACGGCCUCGCUACUUAUUUCAGUUCUGAUAAAGAGCGAGACACUGACAUUCUGGUGCUUCUGUUUAUUCGAGGGCUGCAUCGGAAUCUAUUACCCUUGUAUGGGAGCACUACGGGGCCGCAUAGUUGGCGAUGGAGUGCGAGCAAAGGUCUACGGAUUUUUGAGAAUCCCACUCAACUUCUUCGUAGUUGUACUUCUUUGCUUGACUAAAGAAGGCGAUGCGCAUCGUGAUAGAGUAUUCACAUUCUGUGGAGGCUUGCUAUUGGCUGGGACUGUUUUAUCAGCCUGCUACUUGGGGGACACGACGGAGGGCACUAAGGAUCCAGAAGAUGGUGAAUCAGAGGAGUUUAUGGAUGGGUCACGGAUAGACUCUCCAGCGUGAAUGAACUCAAGGACGGAAAAUUAGCGAUGUAUUUUUAUCAAUAAGUGCCAAAAUGGCACACAGUGGUACAAUUAUGGAAUAACAAGCGAAUGCAACACCAAGAAACC